AUGGGGAGGGUUUUCGUUAUUGAUUUGGAUGGCAGAUUCUACGGAUGCAGAUACUGCAAUACCCCUCUUGCUCUCCCUCAUAACAUUCUCUCUCGGAACUUCAACUGCAGCCAAGGGAGAGCAUACCUUUUCAGCAAAGUUGUGAAUAUAACUCUUGGGCCUCCGGUUGAGAGAAUGAUGAUAUCUGGACUACACACAGUUGAAGACAUAUUUUGUUGCAGUUGUGGACAACUUCUUGGAUGGAAAUAUGUUCUGGCAUAUGAAAAGAAUGAGACAUACAAAGAAGGGAAGUUUGUGCUUGAGAGGUGGACCAUAGUUGACAAUAUUGAAGAGGAGUUAGAAUUAAAUUUGGAUGCACAAGCUGGUUCACAAGGAUCUCAAGGUGAUUCUCAGGCGGAUUCUCAGGCUGGCUCAAGUGACACAGAAAACGCUUAG